AAACAAUUGAACAUCCACAAGACCUCACAGAGGAGCCGCGCAGCUCUCGAGGCAGUGAGCCAGCAGCCCAGCUUCUAGGCGGCCUGAGCGCGCUGGAGGGGCUGGCGAUCCGCCCGUCGGCGGAGGCGCUCUAUGCCUCCGUGCUGAAGCGCUUCGUGGACUUCUGCCGGCAGGAGAGCCUCUCCUGGACGAGCGUCACGUCGCUGGACGCGGUACUGGUCGUCGUCAUGAAUCACCUGUUCCUGUUGGGCCUGGGGACAGACGUGGGAUCGCAAACCCUGUCGGCGCUGGGGCACUGGUUGCCACAGCUGGGGCGGGCCACCCGCGCGCUGCUGCCGCGGGCGACUCGGUGCUCGGGGGCUUGGCGGAGGCGGGUGCCAGCGCAGACGCGGCUGCCCAUGCCGCGGGCGGUGGCGGGGGCCAUCGCAGGCCUGUUCAUCCAUUGAGACCUCCAUGGCGCGGGGUUGCUGCCGUUGCUGGCGCCGGUCGCCUAUGCGUGCCCUCGCGAGCCCACCCGGCUGCGAGCCCGCCACGCGGUGCUUCCAGCGCCGACAGCGGGCGCCACCUACGCCGCGUGGAGCUUGUUGCUGGGCGACAUGGCCACGCUGGUGCCCGGGAAGACGGGCGUUUGGGGCAAGCGAGUGCUGCUGGACCUCGACCCGUGCAUCCUGAAACCGCUGGCGGCCCUGAAGAGCUCGCUGGCAUCCGACGCGCUCCUGUGCGACCUCACUCCGGCGGACCUCAAGGCGCGCUCCGACGGCGCCGCCCUGCUGCUGGGCCUGUCGCCGCUGCGGCCCAGUCUGCACCAUCUGCGGCACGGCGGCGCCUCCGAGGACCUCGCCUUGCAGCGCAGGCCGCUGGCCGCUGUGCAAAGGGGGCCGCUGGCAGAGCGAGGCCUCACUUCGCCGUUACAGCAUGGAGUCGAAGCUGCUGGCGAUCCUCAACCAUGUGCACCCGGAGGCGGUAGUGUUCGGCCAGUCGGCGGUAGCCAGCCUGGAGGCCGCCUUGCUGCGCGGGCUGCUGGACCCGCGGAGCCGGAUCUCGCGAGGGCCCGCCGCGUCGGCGCUGUUGGCCGCGGGGGCGCCGGCGCCGCUGCCAGGAGGCGCCGCCCGAGGGGCCAAGCGCCCGCUGCGUUGACCGCCUCAGACGCCGAGGUCGCCCGACACCUCCACCGCCGUCUCGGCGUCGAGGUCAAGCGGCCCGACAAGGGGCGGCGCGUGUUGGGCUACCGCUGCUCCCUGGAGCUCAUCGGCGGCUGCGGAUCGCUCUCGCAAGCCGCCCACAGGCUCGGUGGAGCGGCGUCGUUCUUGGACUGGGGCCAUGGAGCCAUGGAAGACCACCUGAAGCGUUCCCCCUCUCCAGGUGGUAAAAGGCUGGAUUUCUUCGAAUGCUUUAUUCGGCGUGUUCUUGGGGACUCCUUGCAAUUCGUGGCCAAGGGCGGUUCGCAUCACCCUCCGCACAUCUCCCGAGCCUAUGGGGGUGCAGGGCCUCUCUGCCUCUCUGCCGAACGCCAGCGAAAGGUUGACAUUGGCAGCGCUUCCUUCAGAUUCACCAUUACAAUAAUUCGCUUGUGCCGACGUUGCCGGGCCCCUGUUCGGGUGGAGAGCCCGCGCGUCAAUCAUCUGGUUCGCGACGCCGCUGACCUCCCUCCUCCGCGCCGAGGACGGUCGGAUCCACAACUUCCAUCGCUGUGCUUAUUGUACCCAGUGGAGGAAGGCGACGACGGUGGCGAGAUGGGGGGCUGGUUACUGCGACGGCUUGGGACUCCUGUGCGUGGGCCGUGGGGGAUCUGUGGUCACACUGGGCGCCCGCAUGUUAUCCUUCAAGGUCGCGACCUUGGGGCCCCUGCCAAACGUGCGGCUCUAUCGGCCGCCUAUCCUAAGAAGUUGCGCGCCGCUCUGGCCAAGAAUUUCGCAUCGGUGGUUCAGAAAUUGGAAACAGCGAGGAGGUUCCGAAAGGCGUGGGAGUUGACGGCCAACGGCCAGAUCACCACUCGGGAAGUUGCAGACGGGGUGGCGUCCUUACCUCCAGCGCGCUGGUGUCCUUCUUGCCAGUGGUCGUUUCGAUUCCGCCACUGCUGCAUCGUCUUUAUAGAAAAUGGAGAGCCCCAACCCCCAGUGAUCCCGUGGUCACUUGUUCGAGGGUUGUCUCGUCGGGUCCCGAUCUUUUUCAAUAGAUCCUGUCCGGCGUCGGGGGCCGCAGCUGGUGUUCCCCGCAUUUUAAUGUAUAAGCCAAAAGAGAAGGGGAUGGACGCCGAAGCACAACGUUCAGCUCAAGCGUCCCGUCCCGCCUGCCCUGUAAUUCAGCUUCUGUCCUCUGGGGGGUGGCGUCCAGACCUGCAGCACGCUGGUGUCCUUCUUGCCAGUGGUCGUUCCGAUUCCGCCAUUGCUGCGUUGUCUCUAUAAAAAAAGAUUGAGAGCCUCAGCCCCCAGUGAUCCGGUGAGCACUUGUCAGAGGGUUGUGUCGUCGGGUCCCGAUCUUUUUCAAUAGAUCCUGUCUGGCGUCGGGGACCGCAACUGGU